AUGUUCAAGAGUGUGCAAUACUUUGAAAGCACUGCACCUUCUCCUUCGGAUUCGGAAGUGGAACCAACUGAGCCACGGGAUGUAAAACCAGACGCGUGUGAAAGUGAAGAGCAUGAGGACCAUGGUAGUCGGGGCAAACAUGUACGAAUUAUGAUUGAUGACGAAAGCGAAGAUAAUGCACAGGACGGAGAGAGUGAGGGCGAAGACAAGCAGGACAAGUUAGACGGCCUUCCGUCCUUUCAAAAGAGGCCUUUGAGCGACACGCCGGUAACGAGUACUUGGAACUCGCCCGCAAGCUCCACGGACAAUACGCCGUUGACGUCACCAGAAACCAGCACAACCAAUUUGGUUCAGAUGAAUCAGGCGCUCAAUCAAAUACCAAGACAGGAAGCUGAGAGCACAGAGACUCGCCAGGCUAAUCUGUCUCUUUCACCUCCGCUAGCUACGGGCGCAUUAUCUCCUUCGAGGUUUCCGCACCCAUCGAGACGGCCUACCACGAUCGAUGUGCCCGGUUUGACAAAGUCGAAAUCUUCGCCAGAUGGCACAAUAUCUAAAGAGGAUCCAGGCUCUAAACUGGUGAUCGUUAUGGUUGGGCUGCCUGCCACGGGAAAGUCUUUUAUUACAAACAAGCUUUCAAGAUAUUUGAACUUUUCCAUGUAUUACUGUAAAGUUUUCAACGUGGGAAAUACGAGAAGACAGUUUGCCAAAGAACAUAAUAUAAGUGAUCAGGACUCUAAAUUUUUUGACCCCGGGAAUAAUGAAUUUUCCAAACUUCGAGACAAAUGGGCGAUGGAUACUUUAGACCAAUUACUUGAUUAUUUAUUGGAAGGGCCCGGUUCUGUAGGUAUCUUUGAUGCUACCAAUACCACGAAGGAAAGGAGAAAGCAUGUUUACGAUAAAAUUCAUGAAAGAAAUCCACAUUUGAAAGUUCUGUUCCUAGAAUCUGUUUGUUCUAACAGGGCUGUUGUCGAGAGAAAUAUCCAACUCAAGCUUUUUGGGCCGGAUUAUAAGGGCAAGGAUCCGGAAUCAUCGCUAAAAGACUUCAAAGAACGCCUUGCAAAUUACAUGAAGGCCUAUCAACCUAUUGAAGAUUCCGAGAACUUUCAAUUCAUCAAAAUGAUUGAUGUUGGUAAGAAAGUCAUCGCAUACAAUAUUCAGGGAUUUUUAGCAUCUCAAACCGUUUACUACCUGUUGAACUUUAACUUAACCGAGCGGCAGAUUUGGAUCACCAGGAAUGGUGAGAGUGAGGACAACGUGGAUGGGCGUCUCGGUGGUGAUUCGCACCUGACGCCGCGCGGUGAGCGCUAUGCGCGGGCUCUAACCAAUUUUAUUGAUUAUCAAAGAGCACUUUUUUACAAUAAUGAGAUGGAGAAGAAGAGAAAGUCAGAUUGUGAUGAUGAAAAACAAUGCAACGAAUUCUUUGUGUGGACAAGUAUGCGUCAAAGAUCCAUUGAAACAGCGAAAUAUUUUAAUGAAGAAGAUUAUCCAGUGAAACAAAUGAGGAUGCUGGACGAGUUGAGUGCCGGAGACUUUGAGGGUAUGACCUAUCCUGAAAUUCAACAAGAUUUUCCAGAAGAGUUCGAAGAGAGAAGAAAGGAUAAGCUUCGUUAUAGAUACCCGGGGAUAGGAGGUGAGUCGUACAUGGAUGUCACAAAUCGUUUGAGACCUGUCAUUGCGGAGAUCGAAAGGAUUGAGGACAACCUUUUAAUCAUUACCCACAGAGUUGUGGCUCGAAUUUUACUGGGUUAUUUCAUGAAUCUCAGUAAAGAUAUCAUAGCCAAUGUGGAUGUGCCAUUGCACUGUAUUUAUUGCUUGGAAUUGAAGCCCUAUGGUAUCACAUGGGCCCUAUGGGAGUUCAACGAAGAGACUGGUAACUUUUUCAAGGUUCCUGAGUCAGAAAUGAAUACUACGAUGGUUAAAGAGAACGAACUGGUCUAUAAAGAAAGACGUUAUUCACUUGUCCCAACGGCUCCAGCAAGCGCGAAUAAUUCCUCAUCAGAUAUCCGUGCCAAAAAAAAUGGAUCAACCGGAUCAUCAACUCUAACCAGGGAAACCGGAGACAAAAGGAUAACAUGUUCCUCCUCACAGAAUGAAGCUAUACACCCGACUUCAGCGCCAGCGGUACCGUUUGCACAUAAUCUACCGAACCCAUCGAAUUUAAUUGACGGAGGUGGAACUUCCAUCUCAGUUAACCGUCGCCAGCCAACAGCUCUGCAAAGUUGCGUCAAAUCCUCCCUAUUAGCAAACUCUAUAGAGAGUCUAAGACCCGCAACCUCUCCUAGACAAACGCUACAGAUUGAUAAAUUGAACGAAAGGUUGAUAAAUUUGAAAACACGUUCGCCUAACAAGAUUAAGGCAGUUGAUGAUAAUGAAAGAGAAAACAAAAACAAAUAA